CUCACGGGCUAGGGCCACGGUGAUAGCUUGUGAGUUGUGACUUGUGCGCCGGUCACACACAAACACCUUAUGAGUACCUUAAAUCCCAUGUGGGACCAACCAUAACCAUGGGAGAUGCACUAAUCUGCUCUCACUCUCUCAUUCUCUCACUUGAUUUCUCUCUCUCGGCCCUCUCUUCAUCAUCACCAUCACCAUUUUCUUCUUCCUUUUCACACUUCUAUUUUCACCCAAUGGCUUCCAAAUUUCUUCCCGCUGCUCCCACCGCUUCGUACGCCGUUGUCGCCGAGUGGCGGCUGCGGCGGUGUUGUUCUCCGCCGUCGUAUGUCACUGUUCUCGCUGGUCUUGUGGCUCCAGUUCCAGUCAGUAUCACCGCAAGCUUUCUAUUGCUUGUUAUUACUACAGAAAUUUGUUAUGGGAAGUUGGUGAAUUUCGAACUCUUGAUAAACGCAUGAAGCUCGCUCUUGCUUCUAUGAUUUAUCUUCUCCAAAUGACGAAGCACCACCGUCGCACAUCGGUGCUCCACUUUGCUCUCAGCUUGAUGCAUUCAAAGGUUGAUUUCCUUGUUACAAGGGCACCAAUUUCAGGCUCGAGGAAGGAUCAACUGAGAAAUCGAGGACUCUCAUAUUCACUUGCAAAUCACAUCCAGAAUAGAGGCUUUCUAAUCAGAGGGAAACAAAUUCAUUUGGAGUUAGAAUAAGCACAAGUGGUUCGAUAUCAGUCAGAGGAAGCUUAUGAUAUCACAGUGCUGAAUUUAAAACAGAAUCAUGGAUGUAGUUCCUGGUUCUGAUAUUCAGCGUGCUGUGGAAUCCGAUUGCUCUCAGCCGAAUUCAAGAACAAAUUAUCUGUACCAGGUAGAACCUAUUAACUGCGUUGAAAAUCGUGAAGAUGAUAUGUUUGAAUACGGCGAUCAACUUAAUGACUCAUUACUGAAGACAGAAGGACAGGGACCUACUGUUAGUGAACUCUUGGCCAAUUCAUAUUGCCGAAACACCGGAGAUUUAUUUUUUGACUUUCAAGUGGAAAACCAAAAGAAAUCUUGCAGUUUGCAUGCUAUUGAAGAUAAUGACAUAAAUGAACCUCGCUUAACCUCUGCAAACUCUCUCUCUAUAGUCGAUUUGACCGAAAGCGAAUCGCCAAACACCGGUAAGGAAGGAGCACUGUCAUUUUCUGAACCCACUUGGCUGAAGGAAGAUGUGUCUAUAGCAUUAUGGGUCAAGUGGAGAGGGACGUGGCAGGUCUGCAUAAAAUGCGCAAGGGCUGACUGGCCAUUAUCAACAUUGAAAGCAAAACCGACUCAUGAACAGAAGAGAUAUUUCGUCAUCUUUUUCCCUCUCACAAAGGUUUACUUUUGGGCUGAUACGCUGCUUGUUCGAUCGAUUGAUGAGUUUCCACAGCCUAUAGCAUAUAAAACUCACCAAGAAGGACUGGAAAUGGUAAAAGACUUGAGUGUUGCGCGACGGUUCAUAAUGCAAAAGCUUGCUGUCAGCAUACUGAACACUCUUGAUCAGCUUCAUUCUAAUGCUUUAGUAGGAACUGCUUGUGAUGUGAUGGUCUGGAAGGAACUUGCUAUGGAGGCUUCUCGUUGUAACACUUAUUCGGAUUUGGGGAGAAUGCUUCUCAAGCUACUAAAUAGCAUAGCGCCAUGCUACAUAAAUGCAGACUGGGUUAAUUCUUCGUCUGACUCUUGGGCGGAACGAUGCCAAAAUACAAUUAGUGCCGAAUCUUUAGAACUGCUGAAGGAGGAAGUGGUUGAUUCUAUUCUUUGGAAUGAUGUGCAAAAUUUCGGGGGUGUACCGGUGCAACCGACACUUGGUUCUGAGUGGAAAACCUGGAAGCAAGAUGUAAUGAAAUGGUUUUCCACACCUCCUUCCUUUUCUAGCAGCAGUGACAUGCAGCAGACGCCAGAUAGCGCGUACCGAGUAAGCCUUCAGAUUGGUAGAAAUAGGCGCAAGCUCCAAGUUCGUCGUGCUUAUACACAUACUUCACUGGCAGGAACCAAGGGUUCAGAUCACUCUACUACUCUUGAGACUAACCCAGGUUUUUCUAAGAACCAGGACGCAGUGAGUGCAUUGGCAAUUGUGACUUCUGAACAGGAAAUUUUUAGAGAAGUACAUGUGGAAACUGAUUUACCAAGUAAUUUGACCGAUCAAUGGAAUGAAAUUGUAGUUGAGGGUAUAGAUUCUGAGGUCUUGAAUUGCAAUGGAAUGGAAUCAACACCUAUUGAUGAAAUGGCUGGUGAAAAAAUUAUGGAACCUGGAACUAAGAAUCAACAGUGCAUAGCUUAUGUUGAAGCCAAGGGAAGGCAGUGUGUGAGAUCGGCGAAUGAUGGUAAUAAAUACUGCGGCGUGCAUAUUCGUUCUUUGAGUUGCGCAAGACAAGCCAAAAAACCUGUUCCAAUUGAAACUCCAAUGUGUGGAGGUACAGCCAAUGCUGGUACUAGAUGUAAGCAUCAUUCUCUUCCUGACUCUCCAUUCUGGAAGAAACAUUGGCCCCGUGCUGAAACCUGUAGCAAACUGAAGAGGAAACAUGAAGGAAAUUGCACUCGUUCAGAGGGCUUGAUCUGCAAAGAUAUGGUACUAGUAAAUGAUGAAAGUCCAUUGCAGGUGGAUCCGGUGUCAGCCACGCAUGGUGAUUGCUUUCUUGACAAGUUACCUGGGAAUCUCGCCCUUUCUGACAAUGAUCAUAAUGCAACGGAGGAUGCACUUCACUGUUUAGGCUGUCCUCCAUAUGACAAUGAGGACCCUUGUUUGGAACCACUUUUGUGGUAUGUCUUGUACUGUGAAAAGCACCUUCCGAACUGGCUCAAACGCUCGAGAAAUGGGAAGCGUAGGAUAAUAUCGAAGGAACUUUUCACGGAAAUUUUGAGGGACUGCAGCUCAUGGGAGCAGAAGGUGCACCUUCAUAAAGCAUGUGCGAUUUUUUACAUACUGUUCAAAAGCAUUCUCAGAAACCCGGAAUCGAAGGCAGUUCAAUUCCAAUGUGCUAUGACUGAAGCAACGAAAGAUCCUAGUGUUGCAGAAUUACUUAAAAGGUUGAUAAUUAGUGAAAAGGACAGAAUCAAAUUGGUUUUGGGAUUGGAUGAUGACAUAGAUAUAUCCUCACUCAUGGAAGGAACAUGGCUUCCUCCUACCGCGAUUAAUGACAGCUUUGAUGAUGAAAAUGGCGUUAAGUGUAAGAUCUGCAAUGCAGAAUUUGCUGAUGACCGAACACUUGGUUACCAUUGGAUGGGAAAUCAUGAAAAGGAAACCCAGUGUCUGUUCAGAGGUUUUGCUUGUGCCAUUUGCCUGAGUUUUUUUACUGAGAAGAAACUAUUAGAAAACCAUGUUCAGGGCCGACACCGGAUGCAGUUUGUUGAGCAGUGCUCGCUUCUCCAGUGUAUUCCUUGUGGUAGUCAUUUUGGAAACAUGGAGCAAUUAUGGCUUCAUGUUCUUUCAGUUCACCCUGUCGAAUUUAAGUUGCAAUUGAAAGUUCCUGAGCAGGAAACUUUAACUGUGCUGCCUUGCGAGGCUUCUCUGGAAAAUCUUGAGCAGGGAAAUUCAGCUUCUUUGGACAAUGAUUCUCAGGAUCCAGGUACUUUGAUGAAGUUCAGCUGCAGACAUUGUGAGUUGAAAUUUAACUUACUACCUGACCUCGGUCGCCACCAUCAAGCUGCGCAUAUGGAGCGCAAUCAAAUUAGCAGCAAAGUGGCAAAAAGAAGAGCUCUUAGUUCUGCUCACAGAUUGGAAUCCGGCAGACUUGGCCGUUCGAAGAUUAAAAAAGGUUCGUCAGCCGCAUCAUGUCGGACCAGAAGUAGGGCCAAUGCUAAUUUAAAGCGCCGUAUUCAGGAGACAAAGUCACUUAGGGUGAAGGGAACAACUGUCCAUUUGAAUUCAGGGUCCUUGCAAAAGGGUAUAGUAUGUGAUGACAUAAGCUUUGGGAAGGAAUCAAUUCCAGUGAUUUGUGUAGAAGAUCAAGAAACUCUAAAUUCUCAAUUCCAAUCACCUUGGGAGAGCUUCACAUAUGUUACAAAACCCAGGCUUUAUCAAUCACUUAUUAUUCAUGAUGAGAGUCUGCGGAUGGGAUGCUACUGCUCAUUUUCUACCUGCUGUCCUGAAACAUGUGAUCAUGUGUGCCUUUUUGAUAAUGACUUUGAUGAUGCGAAAGACGUAUUUGGAAAACCAAUGCGUGGAAGGUUCCCGUAUGAUGAAAACGGCCGUAUAAUACUGGAGGAAGGUUACCUUGUGUAUGAGUGUAACAAUUUGUGCAGAUGCAAUAAAAGUUGUCCAAACAGAAUACUGCAGAAUGGGAUUCGGGUGAAACUGGAAGUCUUUAAAACAGAGAAAAAGGGAUGGGGAGUAAGGGCUGGUGAGGCUAUUUUGCGCGGUACGUUUAUCUGUGAGCUCAUAGGAGAGGUUUUAGAUGAGCGUGAGGCACACGUCAGACUCAAAAGAUAUGGCAAAGAACAUUGCAGUUAUUUUUAUGACAUUGAUGCUCGCUUUAAUGAUAUCAGUAGAAUGAUUGAAGGACAACCCAAGUAUGUUAUUGAUGCCACUAGUUUUGGGAAUGUCUCUAGGUUCAUCAAUAGCAGCUGCUCACCCAAUCUUGUGAAUUACCAAGUUUUUGUUGAGAGCAUGGACUGUAAGCGUUCCCAUAUUGGUCUUUAUGCGAGUCGAGACAUUGCUUUGGGUGAAGAAUUGACAUUUGAUUAUCACAAGGUUGGGCCUGGAAAAGGAACUCCUUGUCUUUGCGGAUCUUCGAAUUGCGGGGGACGCCUUUACUAGAACAUCAAGAUCAUAAACAUAUGGUUUAACUUAUCUGCGCUUUUGUUAAGGCACUCAUUUUUAGAAUUAUUAGAGUAUAGAUGGUCCAUUUAAACUUUGCCAUACACCAAACUGCGCUAUUUUAUGUUUUUAUUUCUCCUAAUGUUUCCAGUCAACUCAAGUACUGGUGCAUGUGGAACAAGAAGUGGUUGAUAUGAAUUUCAUAAACUCUAGACACAAGCCCACAACGCACGCAUGCACAUUGGCAAGUGGUACUUAAAAUUGUCUUAUAUAUUAUAUUAUUUGAUCUCGGCUCCCUAAAUAUAAAUUAUUUACUCCA